CACUUUACGCUACCGUGCACCGGUUAUGAGUUGAACAUCUGAUUGAAAGUAAAGUUAAAAUUGAUUUGGAAAAGUGUUAUGUGCACGACGUUCUACUUUGGCCUAUAUAUUGCCACAGGCUAAAUUACGGAAUCAGGCUAUUGUGAUAGUAAUACACUAAGUGCGUGAACAGUCUUCGAUUGUUACCAAACAAUAACGGUUGAGUCGGUUCGGAAUUUUUAGUCAUCGAUUUAGAGGCAUCGAUACAUAACGUUAAUAAAUGGCAGUAGUACGUGCGAAAUUAACGGGUGGUACACCGAUAACAAGUGAAAUAGCUGUUGAAUUGCGUAAAGUUGUAUUCGGUUCGGCUGCGGCUCCACCUAGAGGCGAAUGGACACGAACGCCAAUAAUGUUUGGAUCACAUAGAGAAUAUUCAUAUUAUUUCAAGGAGCUUCCGUUUGGACUGAGAUCUCCAAGGAAUGCAACAAGAGGUAUGCAGUCGGUGUUGCAGGCAUAUAUCAUGAAAAAUAUAAUUUUCGACCUAAGACCAAAGGAUAAAAAAUCUGUGCCGAUUGAAUUUCUUCUGAAACCAAAUGAAUCUCAGCAAAACGAAGCUUUAAUAGCAGCCAUGUCAGAAAUCUUAUGGAAUAUCGGCGAGAAGACUCAAGUAACAACUGUACUACCCGGGGAAAAUCCGCAUGUCGUUCACAGUCAUUCGUAUUUCCAAGACUCGGUCACUGAAAAGCUGUAUCUGUUUCAGCUGACAAAGUUGGAAGAUUUGCAGAUUUUCUUAAAGAGGCAUCUCCAUUAUUACACAGACGAUGGAGGUGCGGGAACGCUACUGUUUUUAUAUGCAGCAGUUAUGACAAGAACACCAACUAAAAUUCUAACAGAUUUGGAUGCACCUAAGGGCGCACAUUUAAUGGGUCCACAUGAAGAAGGUUCUCUGAAUAUAGUUACGCUAAUGUUGACUGGCCGCGCAACUCCCUACUUACAUAAUGGAGUGGUUUAUGUUGGAGAUGAGGAUCAUUAUGCACUACCCCAAUUUGGAAUAUUAGCUCGGGCUCCAGUCGGACUAUUGGUGUUGGGAAGUGAUGCCGAAAAUGCGGUCAUGUCAUCAUCUCGACAACCAGGCUCUCGUCUAAAAACACCUGCGUUACCGAUUUGGGUAGCUAGCUGUUCGGGACACUUUGGUGUGCUAUUUAAUUCGAAUCGAGAACUGUUGAGAAACUAUCAUGCCGAAAAACGGUUCGAACUACAUUACUACACAUGCGCCGGAUGCUAUUUAUCAAUGACAAUAGACAAUCGAACACAAGAGAAUAACGAUUCUAUGACAUCGAUGAAUCCGGGUAAUUCAUCCAACGGAAAUUCGGGCAACACAACCAGAGAUGAUAUUGUCGCAACGCCGCUUGAAAGAUUAAUUCACACGAAAUGGGCCGAGGCGAAGAUUAGUUUGAAAGGACCACCACCAGCUUCGCUAUCUUAUUAGUAAAAAGAAAGUUAACUUCUCGUCGGUUGUUUGUAAUAAACAAUCUGUAAUUGUAUUAAGAGCAAUGGACCCUUACAAAUUUGUAGCCUACGUUUAGGCG